GUUCCCUGGGUGCUGUUAACACGAUGGCCAUCGAGAGUGCCAGACAACGACGGGUGCUUAUCACUGGCGCGAACCGAGGCAUUGGCUUGACCUUGGCCAAACACUACAACGCGACAGGAUGGAAUGUCGUCGCUGCCGUGCGCAAUCCCGCGGCGGCUUCCGAGUUGCAUGCCCUUCAAGUGGAAUCCAUUCUCACGCUUGACGUGUCCAAUGAAGAGUCCAUUCAUGCAGCCGCCUGUACCUUGGGCGCUGAUGUUCCCAUUGACUUGCUCAUCAACAACGCAGGGGUGUUGACGAGAGACUCGCUUGCUAGUGCGACGAAGGCCGAGUUGCUCCGCCAGUUUGAGAUCAAUGCGGUCGGUCCUUUCCUCGUCGCUCGAGCGUUCCUUCCAAACUUAGAACUCGCCGUGGCUACGUCUGUGAGACCCCCGAUCCUCGCGAACGUGUCGUCCAUCGUGGGCAGCAUGUCCCUCAACACAACGGGCCAGAAUUACGGGUAUCGAUCGUCCAAAGCAGCAUUGAAUAGCUUGACCAAGUCGCUGUCUGUGGAUUUGGGGGCGCGAGGCAUCUGUUGCCUGCUUUUGCAUCCUGGAUACGUCCAAACGGACAUGACGGACCACCGCGGCGACAUGGACGUCCACGAGAGCAUCGCGGGGCUCGCGGCGGUGUUGGCCAAGGCCACGUUCGACGACAAUGGAACGUUCUUCCACACAAACGGAUCGGUGAUUCCGUGGUAACUUAGCGUCCAGUGUCAAGGGGGGUCCAUGUAAAUAUCAGUUUAGUUCAUCAUCAGGCGUUGGAUCCUUUGUGAGAUGUCCAUUCACAUGAUGUGCCAAGUUCAAAGUGAUAGAAUUCAGUGGCCAUAUUACGACCCUGUG